UGGAAAAAAUGGUCGGAAGAGCUGCAGUCCCGAAUCAAUGAGCUGGAGGAGGAGAAUGCUUUGCUCAAGCAGCAGCUUGAGCAAAGGCCUUCAGCAAAUCAAGGUGACAUAAUGGACAACGCUGCCACUGACCCAGAGUCAGACACUGACUGGAGUACCAACUCCAGCACCGACUCCACAGAUUCCAGUAGCAGUGAUACGAGCUCUUCCUCCUCUGAUGGCCGCAAGAAAAAGAGGAAGCACAAAAAGAAAAACAAAAAGAAGAGCAAAAAGGCUUCAAAGAAGUCAAAGAACAAAGGACUUCGAGUGACAACAAUAUCGGAUGUUGUAAAAAGGUACCGCCGGGACCUUAAACUAAUUAAACGAGGACGCAAGAUGUCGAGGGCAUUCCUGAAGGCACGCGUUUCUAGAAACGCAGUUAAGGACACCACAGCAAUAGCAGAGCUCUACAUAGCAGAGAGGAGUGUCCUGGAUGAAAUCAAAGGCGAACAGACGCUCCUUCAUUUUGCAAAGCUCUGCCAGUCCAAAAUUGUUGGAGAACUUGCACUUAAAAUUGAAGACCUGAAGAGGAAAAAAAAAACAAUACCAUUCUCCAAAAAAAGGGUUAUAGGGACAGGGGUGAAAGGAGAGAGUUUUUUUUAAUUAAAGGAUAAAUCCUAUGAAAAAUGGAUCUGGGAUAUUUUUAUUAUGAUAAUGAGAUAGGAUGUUCGUUUGGGAGCAAAA